AUGCUUAAGUUUCUGGCAUGCACAGCGCUUCUCUCGAGCACGGUGCUCGCGCAGACGCCUUUUGAGAAUCCGCUCAUAGUGAACACUACGAGUGGCAUGAUCCAGGGCUAUCUCGAUCCUUGCACAACCGACGUCAACCUGUACAAGUGGUAUGGUGUGCACUUCGCCGAGUCUACCGCAGGCGCAAACCGCUGGGCUCCCCCUGUGCCCUAUGCGUACCGCCCGGGUAUCACCAAUACGACGGCAUUUGGCGCGGCCUGCAUGCAAGGAGGCGCGAAUGGAGGUAAUGGAACACAGGUACAGAGCGAGGACUGCUUGUUUAUCAAUAUCGUUGCCCCUGUCGGAGCGAAAGACUUGCCAGUGUACAUCUACACAUUCGGCGGUGGAUUCGACAGCAACGCCGCUUCCGAUCCUAAGAUCGACGGGUCCUGGCUCGCCUCACGAGACAUCGUAUAUGUGAACUACAACUACCGUGUUUCUCUCUGGGCCUGGCCGCACGCCGCCGAGAUUGCCGAAGCAGGUGAGACUCAGAAUUUCGGCCUGCUCGAUGCCCGUGCUGCUGUCGAGUGGACGAGGGAUAACAUCGCCGCUUUUGGUGGUGAUCCGACUAAGAUGACGCUUGGAGGCGAGUCAGUCGGUGCAGAGAUGACCAACAUGUACAUGGCCGCCUUCCCCACUGACCCUAUUGUCCGUGCGGCCGUGAUGCAAAGUUCCGAUACCUCCCAGCCAAUGUACGAACUCGGCAACCAGCUCAUCCCCAUAUCGCAAAACCUCUCCUGCCCAACUGGCGCCGGACAGCUCGCCUGCCUCCGUACGAAAGACGCCUUUGCCCUCCAGGCAAUCCUGCUCUCGUCCGGUGCUCAGUUCCAGCCGGUCAUCGAUAACAUCACCGUCUUCCAGGACUAUGUCCGUAUGACUAUCAUCGGGCAGACGGCGAAGAUCCCGUUGCUGAUUGGGAACAACAAGGAUGAAGGCCAGACAAUCGUCAAUGGGGAACCAACAUCCUACACAAACGAGACGGCCUACAUCAUGAGCGACAACCUCAACUUCCCAAUGGCAAACGUCGAUGCCGUCCUCUCCCUGUACCCCUCUCCCUCACCCCAGUAUCCAAGCAUCAUCAACGCUACGGCGGCGAUAUGGCGCGAUGCACACAUGAUCUGCUUGUCGAGCAACCUCGCGCUGUGGAGGACGCAGCUCUGGAAACUCCCGGUGUGGAGGUAUCAGUUUGCGAUGGUUGCUGAUAACUUGAGUGCGCAAGGCGCGAGUAUUGGAACGUAUCAUGGAGAGGAUAUCCAAUUUGUUAUGGGGACGAUGUACACCUGGGCGGACCAGGCGCCAUAUAUCCACGCCACGCCCUACGAGCUGAACGCAUCGGACUACAUGGUGACCGCCUGGACAAACUUCGUGAAGAACCCGGAACUCGGCCCCCAGAUCGAAGGUUGGAGGCAAUACGACCCCUCUGAUCCGACGAGCCUCGCUGUCCUCGGUGUUUCUGCUACGGGCGCUCUGCCGGGUAAUACGACGCAGAUCGAUGCUACGUGCCAGUAUUGGAACCAGCUGCUGCCGGUAUAUCCAAGGACAUACUCCGCUUGUGGCUCUUGGACGUGCUAG